AUGUCUGGAAAAGAACGCCUGGAAUCAUGGCUGGACCACAUGAUGAAGAUUUGCCUUUCCGACGGUCGCGUGGUUGUUGGACGGUUCGUGUGUACGGAUUCGCAAUGCAAUAUUAUUCUUUCGAACUGCUAUGAAUAUCUGCCAGAAACUUGUUCCAACGACGACGACAAGCCGAAUGCUGAAGAUGACUCUAGGUUUUUGGGACUGGCCAUGGUGCCCGGUCGCCACAUCGUAGACAUAUACAUUCGUGAAAGCGCUUCAGCAAAUCAGGUUUCGUCAUCUCCUACACCAAUGACUUGA